UCAAUUACAUCACUUAUUUUCCCGAGUUCAGUGAACGCAACACGACAGUGACACGUGAUAGGUAUUUUCUCGGCAAAUUUGACAUUUUAAUACUUAAAAAAUAUUUUUAAUCUAUUAAAUACUGUAAGAUGGUGGAAGGAAAAACAGAAGGAACUGAGCCAUCCAAAAAGGCUUUAAAAAAGCAACAAAAAGAAGCUGAAAAAGCUGCUAAAAAAGCUGAACGUCAACCUCAGAUGCCUGAACAAGAAGCGACUGAAGAUGUUUCCGUCGGACUUUACGGAAAUAUGGAGAUGAUUCGGAGUACAGAAUAUCAUUCAGAUAGAAAGUAUGUCCACAUAAAAGAAUUAAAUUUAAAACUUACCGAUGAAACUGUUUGGAUUCGCGGUCGCUUGUAUACCAGUCGUGCAAAAGGUAAACAAGUUUUUAUAGUGAUAAGACAAGAAGGCUCGACGGUCCAAGGUUUAGCUUCAGUCAAUGACAAGAUCAGCAAGCAGAUGAUUAAAUUUAUCUCUGGGAUUACAAAGGAGUCAAUAAUUGAUUUAGAAGCUACCAUAAAAACAGUUCCAACAAAGGUGACGUCUUGCUCGCAGCAAGACGUCGAGUGCUCGAUCCAAAAGAUAUUCGUAGUGAGCGCAGCCAAGUCUCAGCUUCCAAUUUUAGUGGAAGACGCCGCGAGGCCGGAGAAUGUUGAGAGUGGGCCCGCGAUCACUGUCAACCAGGACAUGCGGCUGGACUAUCGCUUCUUGGACUUAAGGACUCCCGCGAACCAAGCGAUUUACCGCUUAGAGUCCAGGAUUACUAAUUUGUUCAGGCAAAUUCUUUUGGAGAUUGGCUUUGAGGAGAUUCAUACUCCGAAGAUGAUUUCUGCCGCUAGUGAAGGCGGUGCUAAUGUCUUUGAGAUGCCUUAUUUUGGAAAAAAAGCUUAUCUUGCUCAGUCACCUCAGUUGUAUAAGCAGAUAGCUAUUGCUUCUGAUUUUGAUAAAGUAUUUACUGUUGGUUCAGUUUUCAGAGCCGAAAAUUCAAACACCCAUCGUCACUUGACAGAGUUCAUAGGUCUUGAUUUAGAAAUGGCUUUCAAAUCGCACUACCACGAAGUGGUAGACACCAUUGGUUACAUGUUCACAGAAAUGUUCAGAAGACUUCGUGAUAAGCACUCUGAUCUAAUUGCACUAGUGAACCAGCAGUAUCCAGCCGAGCCCUUUGAGUGGCUGGACCCGGCGCUGAAGCUUGAGUUUUCUCAGGCCAGAGAAAUGCUCGCCGAAGCUGGGGUUGCACUUGGAGAAGAGGAUGAUCUUUCCACUGCUGAUGAAAAGUUGUUGGGAAAAUUGGUCAAGAAAAAAUACUCUACUGAUUUCUUUAUACUGGACAAGUUUCCUUUGGCUGUCCGUCCUUUUUAUACUAUGCCUGAUCCUAAAAAUCCUAAAGCUUCAAAUUCAUAUGACAUGUUUAUAAGAGGAGAAGAAAUUUUAUCAGGCGCUCAGAGAAUUCACGACCCGGCAUUUUUAACUGAGCGCGCAAAACACCAUGGAGUUGAAAUUGAAAAAAUAAAAUCAUACAUAGAAUCCUUUGAGUACGGCUGCUCUCCACACGCAGGUGGAGGAAUUGGUUUAGAGCGCGUGGUGAUGCUUUAUCUCGGCUUGGAUAACAUCCGGAAGACUUCUAUGUUCCCACGCGACCCUAAACGCCUUACACCUUAAAUAAUUAUAAUGAUUAAAUUCAUUUAAUUAUUCUGCUUUAUAUUUUCAUAAUUAAUAAAGUUCAAUUAUAUAAUAA